CAAAAAGAAAAGGAAAACUUAACACCACACAACACGUCGGCGCGUCGCGAUCUCACAUGCUGACCUGUCUUUCUUUCUCUUAUUUCCUUACAACAACAAACCAUCGUCCUUGGACUUGUACAAUUCAAUUUCAAUCUCUUUCUCCGUCAAAAACCCUAAUAAUUUCAAUCUGAAUCAGAAAUCCCCUCACAGUUUCAAUCUUCCAAUUUUUUUUUUAUCUCAAAUCUAAGUCAAAACUGCCCAUAUUCAAUUCGAUCCCUCAAUCCCCGAUUCUCCACUUGUUAGCCAUAAUUAACAAUCUCCAGAACCCUAAUUUAAAUCCUGUUGAUUCUUUAUUACUAGGAGUCUUUUAAGUUUUGAUGCACGAAUAGAAACAAACUUUGUAAAAUCUUAUGAACUGGGUAUGAUCAAUUAGGAGAUAAAUAAUUGAUUAAUUGUCGACAUCCAGGGCUUUAAUUUUCUUUAAUUGUUUGUUUGGAUUAAAGAGGGGAUUUUGGAGAUAAUGGAUUCAAGUAGGAGAGCAGUGGAAUCAUACUGGAGAUCGAGGAUGAUCGAUGCAGCAACUUCUGAUGAAGAUAAAGUAACGCCUGUUUAUAAAUUGGAAGAAAUUUGUGAGCUUUUGAGGUCUUCUCAUGUUAGUAUUGUUAAAGAGGUAUCUGAGUUUAUCUUGAAGAGGCUUGAACAUAAAAGCCCUGUUGUUAAACAAAAGGCUCUGAGGUUGAUAAAGUACACUGUGGACAAGUCUGGUGUAGAAUUCAGGAGGGAAAUGCAAAGACAUUCUGCUGCAAUACGUCAGCUACUUCAUUAUAGAGGUCAGGCGGAUCCUUUGAAGGGGGAUGCCCUUAAUAAGGCUGUGAGGGACACGGCCCAGGAGACUAUCUCUGCUAUUUUUUCAGAGGAGAACAAGCCAGCACCUGCAGAAGAUCUAAACAAAAGGAUACAAGGGUUUGGGAACACAAAUUUUGAUAUGCCAUCAGAAGAUAGGAAAUCGUUUCUUAGUGAGGUAGUUGGUCUUGGAAGUGCAUCUAUCAAGCAGGGACUUAGUAGCUUCGCUCAGGGCCAUGUGUUAAAGAAGAAUGACAAUGGAAACUACAAAGGUCCGAAUCUAAGGAGGUCCUUGACCAUAGAAAAUGACCACUCAGAUAGAUAUGAACCAGUUCAGUUACGCAAUGAAAGUCAGGGUACUUAUGGCAUUACAAAGGGUGGCGUUAGUGGACCUUGGGGCCAGGACACUAUGUUAGAGACAAAAAGUGGGGACUCUAGUUCAAGUUACAGGGAGGGUAAGACACGUGAGGAGAGGUUGUUGGAGACUAUUGUAACAUCAGGUGGUGUACGUCUACAACCUACCCGUGAUGCAAUUCAAGUUUUUCUAGCAGAGGCGGCAAAAUUGGAUGAAUUGGCCCUAAGUCAUGCCCUGCAAUCUAAGCUUCAAUCUCCUGUGUGGCAGGUUCGCAUGAAAGCUGUGUGUGUGCUAGAGUCUAUUCUGAGGAAAAGGGAUGAUGAGCAUUUUUUAGUUGUAGCUUCAUAUUUUGCUGAAAACAACGAUGCUGUGGUCAAAUGUUCUGAGUCUCCCCAAUCUUCUCUUAGGGAAAAAUCUUUGAAGGUGUUGAGCCUUUUGGGUGGGGAACAGGCAGGAGGGUUGGUUGGCAAUUCAGGAAAGUCAGUAAAGGCUGAGACCCCCUCUGUGCAGAUGCCUGACCUAAUAGACACUGGAGAUACAGAUUUCUUUUUAACAGAUGAUUCUACCACGAAACUAGAUGAUCAAAAGGCAGCAAAUCUGACAACACCCACUACAAGGCCCUUAAUAGAUGAUUUAUUUGGAGAUGAUUAUGGCCCUGGCGUGAGCUCUAGUGAGCAAAAAAAUGAUGAUGAUCCAUUUGCAGAUGUCUCAUUCCACACUAGUGAGAGUAGAGAACAUGGAGAUGAUCUCUUUUCUGGGAUGACGAUUGAUAGUAAACCAGGUACUAAUGAGAAUCAUUUGCCAACAAAUAAAAAUGUGUCGGAGCCAUUUGAUAUUUUUGGGUCAAAUUCUGAACUUCCCUUGGAGCAAGAAAAUUAUAAAACAGAUGUUAAUGAUUUAAUGUCUGGUAUGUCCAUAAAUGAAAACGUCUCAAAGUCGAAGCAGCCAGACACUGCUGCUGGGGGGCUCCCAGAAAAUAUAUUCUCAGAUUCAAGUAAUCAUUCUGGACAUCAGUCAUCGAAUGAUGCUUUAACUAGCAUACUUGGGUCUCAAGCAACUGCAAUGAAUUUGAACCCAAUGUUUCCUUCUGGUACUAUGCCAUAUAACAUACCUCCAGGCAUUAUGUUGAAUACAGCUUUUCAAACUCAACCCAUAAAUUAUGGUGCUAUGGGGAAUUUUCUUGCUCAUCAACAAUUUCUUGCUUCGAUGUCCAACUUUCAACAUUUAAGUAACCUCAAUGCACAAAAUCCUGGAGUUGAUCCUGCUGUUGGCACUAAUGGAGGUGGAUAUUCUUCAGCACUUCCUGAUAUAUUCCAACCAAAUUAUCCAAAUCAAGCUCCCACUUCAAUCAUGAACAAUUCUAAGAAAGAAGACACCAGAGCAUUUGAUUUUAUCUCGGAUCAUCUUGCAGCAGCACGUGAUCCAAAAAGAGUGUCUUAAAAUCUUUGAGCUUUAAGCUUGACCUUGACAGGCCUCCGUGGUAUUUGAUUACAUAGUUUACCUAUUUGAGGUGAAUAGACAAAAACAAGUCGAACAUUUUUGGCAAUAAAAUGCGCUGUCAAUACCAAGGCAUGUUUCCGUGAUAGUAGGAUUGCAAGUGAUGCUGUGAGCCCGUGGGGGAGAUCCCGGAACUAGAUAUCUGUAUUUGAGAUUAGAGAGGUGUUGUGGCUUUUAGUGUUUUUAUUCAAUGAUGCUGGCAUCAAUCGUAUGCUCUUUUGCAAUGGAUUUGUAAAGUAUUUUGUUCUUUAUUUCUUUUUCCAGCUUUGGUUUUGUAUUCCCACCACACUCACAAGAAUGCUUGUGGUACAUGUGUUUGAACAUAGUUAAUAAAGACCAUGCUGUUCCUCUA